AAUUAUCAACUUUUUCUUUCAGUCACAAAAAAAAGAGCAAUCAAAAUUUUAUGGAGAACUUUUGGAGAAAAGAAGAACUCUAGCUGAAAAAGAACAAGAAAUAUUGCGUUUAAAAAAAUUAAAGAAAAAAGAAGAUAAACAAAAAUGGGAUGAUAGACAUUGGACUCAGAAAACAUUGGAAGAAAUGACAGAAAGAGAUUGGCGUAUUUUUCGAGAAGAUUUUAAUAUUGCUAUUAAAGGAGGACGUAUUCCUAAUCCUAUAAGGCAUUGGAAAGAGUGUUUUCUACCUAAAGUAAUACUUGAUAUUAUUGAACAAUUAGGUUAUAAG